AUGUCGCCGCUCAUCUGUUCAUCUCUCAAACAUCUCGUCUCAGUGAGCGGAAGCCGGAGAAAAGUGUGGACUUACUGCCGUUGUUUCUCUGUGCGCUUCGACCGCAUCCUGCUGAAACAAGCCUCCGAGAGGAAGAAGAGGCGGAGGAGGGAGAGAAGAGAGGAAACUGAGAUCCCUCAGUGUGCAGGCUGUAGUCAGCACAUCCUGGACAAGUUCAUCCUGAAGGUGCUGGACAGACACUGGCACUCCAAGUGCCUCAAGUGUGCAGAUUGCCAGACCCCGCUGGCGGACAAAUGCUUCUCCCGGGCAGGCAGCGUCUACUGCAAGGAAGACUUCUUCAAGCGUUUUGGAACAAAGUGUGCAUCAUGCCAACAGGGCAUUCCUCCAACACAGGUAGUACGGAAGGCGCAGGACUUUGUGUAUCACCUGCACUGCUUCGCUUGCAUCAUGUGCAGCAGACAGCUCACCACUGGGGACGAGUUUUACCUCAUGGAGGAUGGGAGGCUGGUGUGCAAGGUGGAUUAUGAGACAGCAAAACAAAAUGAUGAUUCAGAGGCAGGAACCAAGCGACCAAGGACCACCAUCACAGCCAAGCAGCUGGAGACCCUCAAAAGUGCCUAUAAGAACUCACCGAAGCCAGCACGCCACGUCAGAGAGCAGCUUUCCUCUGAGACGGGGCUGGACAUGAGAGUCGUGCAGGUUUGGUUCCAGAACCGGCGAGCAAAGGAAAAGCGACUGAAGAAGGAUGCAGGUCGACACCGCUGGACUCAGUUUUAUAAAAGUGUCAAACGGAGCAGAGGUGGAGCCAAAGUAGAGAAAGAGAGCUCAGCUGACGACGCAGGACUCAGCGACAGUGAACUGAGCUUCAGAGAUGACCAAGUCUUGUCAGAUCUCAGCCACGCAAAUGGGCUUUAUGGUAGCGUUGGCGACGUGACCGGCAGUGCAGUGCUGAAUGGCGGCUUUUCUGUUGACGCAACAGGACAACCAUACCACGACAUCCGAGCAGGAAGUCCUUACGGCCUUCCACAGUCACCUUCAUCCAUCGCCUCUCUGCCCGGCCAUACGCCUCUGCUUAACAACCUGGGCUUCAAUAUGGACAGUCUGGUGGUGCAGGGGGGCCCAGGUGGUGUGGGACAGGCUCUGAGGGCCAUGGCGGGAGGCCCCACCUCAGACCUCUCCACAGGCAGCAGUACAGGAUACCCUGACUUCCCCACCAGUCCAGCUUCAUGGCUGGAUGAAAUGGACCAUUCCCAGUUUUGAGUCUCCAGCAUGGUAGGAAAUAGCUGUGAGGAUACAUCAAAAUGGACUCAUAUAUUAUUUUUUUUAUAUAUUUCCUUGUAUCACCCUACAAGACUGGUAUGUUUGGUGAUGUUGAGUGAAGAGGAGAAGGGAGAGAAGAAGUGUGAAUCUCAGUCCUUCAGCAGUACUACUGAUGAUGUAACAACUGGGUCAAGAUGUGCAGUCUGGACAUAAGCAGCAAAGACCACCCCCACACUGAAUUUUCAAUCUCAGCACUGUCAUUCAUUUUUUGUUUUCGGCUGUCUGUAUGUUGUUUGUUCAGUCGUUAAAAGCAAGACUAAAUUCCCACAUGUGGGAAGAUUAUGGUUGCAGGGGAGAGAAUAUUGUCUCAUCCUUGAAAUAAUCCACACCAUCUUUGUCCAACAGUUACAAGAUUAUGGCUACAAUCUGGAUCAAAGUCCAUAUAAGAUCCAGGAGGCACCUGCAUGCUUCUGAUUCAUAAUGAGUAUGACUUCUGUCUGGCCAUAACAAAGCCUUUGCAGUGGCAAUGCACUUUACUCUCUUCUUUUUCUAUGUGUAUGGACAGGAAUGCAGGAGAGAGACAUAUGCACAAGGCAAAACACAGUGUUUCACUGGGAGAGAAAUUUACAAGAGCAGUGGCACAAGUCUGAAUUUUGAAACAUGCUGAUGUUUUUUAAUGUAUUGCUGGAGCUUACAAGUAUUUAGGAAGUAGAUGGUUGUUGGUCUGUGCGUCCGUCUGUCUGUCCGUCUGUUCAUAGAAGCUUUUAUCUCCCCUGUUUGAUUGAAGGGGAAUGCCAUUUGCUAUACAGCAGAUCUCUGCUAUAUUUAUAGGUGCUUGAGUUGUUCUUGUCAGUACAAAAGCCGUCUGAGAGACGUCCACCAGUAUUACAAAAAAUCAGACCAGGACUCAAUCAGACCUCAUGAGUAUGAGGACAGUCAGGACAUUAAAGAUUUGGAGUUAUUCAGCUCUCACCGCCAGAUAUAAAGGUCAUACAUCUGAAUGGGUUUAUUCUUUUUAAUGCACAGAUAUAUUACACGGAGGUAUCUAUCUACAGGAGAUGCAGGAGAUUUUAAUGAUCCGUUUAAAUGUCAAAAUGUAAAUUUGACAUUAUAGCAAGUAUUAGCAAAGUUGAAC